AGGUUAUAUUUGUAUGUUUAUUUUCUAUGGUGUCCUUUAAAUAAACAGCCUUUUGCAGAAAUGGCAUCGAAUGAGAAAUUAAAGAAAAAACUCCACAAUGCCUUGAAACUAAGUGGUUUUAAUGUCCGAAGAGAUUUGUGUACUGCGAUUGUGGAGAAACUUACCAGUGAAAAUAUAGAUUUAAGUGAUAAUGUUGCAUUUGAUGGUGUUGUUAAAAAUUUGUGUGACAGUCUUGAAUCUCAAUGUUUAUCUGAACAUAGUAUCGAAGAAGCACAUAUUGCGAGGGCCAUAGAAGUAUGUCUGCACUCAGGGUAUGAUCAACAUGAGACAAUUUUCAGUGUAAUAAGUGCCUUUGACUUUCCCAAGUUAUACUACAAUCCGGAUCGUAAACUACAUUCUAUUGCCAAUAAAAAGGCCAAAGUGUUGGCUGACGCAAAUUCAAAAGCACAAUUGUUCCUGGAUAGAUAUCAGACUAUUUUGCAAAGAACAAGACGUAAUUUUCAGAAAAAAAUAACUGUUUCAGAAAAAGAUAAGCUUAAACUUCAGACUGUAGAUUUCUUGUUGACAAUAUCAAAAGUUACAUUGGAUAGAACACUAAUUUUAGGAUCACUUCUACAAGUAUCAGAAGGAAAAUAUUAUUUAGAGGACCCAAGUGGUAUUGUACAAUUGGAUUUAACACAUGCAAAAUAUCAUGGGGGUUUCUUUGUAGAAAAUAGUUUUGUCUUAGUAAAUGGCCACUAUGAAGAUAGGAUAUUGCAUGUAUCAACAAUGAUUUUGCCUCCAGGAGAAGAAUAUAAAGAUUCCAGACCAACCUUUGGAAAUAUUAAUUAUUUUGGAGGCACAUCAAAUAUCCCCUUAAGAGAUUCCCAAAGAUUAAAGGACCACUUACACAGAAAUAGAAAUGAAAUGAUUAUGUUCUUUUCAGAUUUUUGGUUGGAUCAUCCACUGAUUUUUGACAAGUUAGAAGUACUUUUUGAUGGACUUCAAAACUCACCCCCAAUAGCAUUUGUAUUCAUGGGUAAUUUUAUGUCUGAAUCUCAUGGGAAUGAGUUGAUGAAUACACUAAAAAGACUGUUUAAGCAAUUGGGCCAUUUAAUAAACAAAUAUCCCAAUAUUGUAGAGUGUAGUCAAUUUGUUUUUGUGCCAGGAUUAACAGAUCCAGCUUUACCACAUAUAAUUCCCAGAUUACAACUACCAUCUUAUGUAACAGAGGAUUUGAAAAAGAUAAUUCCAAAGGCGAUAUUCACUACAAAUCCUUGCAGAAUUCAAUAUUGCAACAGAGAAAUUGUUUUAAUGAGGGCUGACCUAGUUGCUAAAUUUCUCCAAGCUACCCUUUAUAAACCUCAAAAGGACGAAAUUGCAGACUGCUUAACCAACACCAUAAUCAGCCAGGGUCAUUUAUGUCCUAUCGCAUUGAACGCUUUAACUGUCCAUUGGGACUUUGACUAUUGUAUGAGACUCUAUCCUUUGCCAGACUUGGUUGUAAUUGGAGAUAAAGCUGAAAUGUAUGAAGGGACAAAUACUAAAUGUACCAUUGUCAAUCCGGGUCCAUUCUGUGAUAGUGGCUUCCAAUUUAAAGCCUAUACACCGUUUUCAAACACUUUGGAUGAUUGUGUGCUAUAAUAUUCUAAAUUAAUUGAUUAAAAAUAAAUAAGAGAAUACUUUUA